GUGCAGGCAACAAAGAGAGUUUCCACCAUAAUGUCACUCGCGCAUUUCUGUCCCGGCAUUAUUCAGUUUCGGAAUUAGUUCAGAUCCGAAAUACGCGUUAAGCGUAUUUCCCCGUAAGUCCUUGAUUUCGUUUGCAUUCGGUCGAUAAAAAGAUACAGAUUUCAACCCGACGCGAAAGAGAUAAUGACGAAAAAGUUUGAGUUCAAUUGGCAAAUCGAAGUUCCCGAGCUCCUCAGAAAUGGGUCAACUUUCGACAGAUGGUUCGAGGACAAGGAGAACACUGAAUACGAGCCCGAUUGUGUGUUCAAAGUUGACGAAUACGGCUUCUUCAUUUACUGGAAAAGCGAUGGGAAGGACGGUGACGUUAUUGAGUUGGCCCAAGUGAGUGACAUAAGGUACGGAGGGACGCCCAAGGAUCCCAAACUGUGCAACAAACUCGGCAAACACGGUACUGCAGAACAACUCGACGAGAAGAGUUUAACGAUAUGUUCGGGAACGGAUUACACGAAUAUUCACUAUCAGCACGUAGUUUGUCCGGACGCACAAACGGCCAAGGACUGGCAAAGUGGGCUGCGGUUAAUCACGCAUAAUACGAAGGCCAGCAACGUCUGUCCCAGAACGCAGUUGAUGAAGCAUUGGAAAAGAAUGAGUUUUUCUGUUGAUCCGAAGGGAAAGGUGCCCGUUAAAGUUAUUUCGAAAACCUUCGCCUCGGGGAAAACUGAAAAACUGGUUUACCAAGCGUUGGCUGAUCUGGGAUUACCGAGUGGAAAGAGCGAUAAGAUCGAGCCGGAAGCUUUCACAUUUGAUAAAUUCUACGCCCUGUAUCACAAAAUUUGUCCGCGAAAUGACAUCGAGGAACUCUUUCAGUCGAUCACCAAGGGAAAAGCGGAAACCAUCAAUCUAGAACAGUUAAUUAACUUUAUGAACGAGAAGCAAAGGGACCCAAGACUCAAUGAAAUUCUCUAUCCAUUAUACGACGAUAAGCGAUGCAUAGAGAUAAUCAACGACUAUGAGCAAGACGAUAAAGCGAAAUCAGAGAAAAAGUUGACUAAAGAUGGCUUCAUCCGCUAUCUCAUGUCCGACGAGAACGCGCCGGUGUUUCUGGACAAGCUGGAAGAAUGGAUGGAAAUGGAUCAGCCGCUUUCUCAUUACUACAUCAAUUCAAGCCACAACACUUACCUGAGCGGACGUCAAAUCGGUGGAAAAAGCACUGUGGAGAUGUACCGUCAAGUGCUUUUGGCUGGCUGCAGAUGUGUCGAGCUGGACUGCUGGGACGGCAAGGGUGAGGACGAGGAGCCCAUCAUUACUCACGGCAAGGCCAUGUGCACAGACAUCCUCUUUAAGGACGUGAUUUAUGCUCUGAGAGACACGGCCUUUGUGACUUCUGAUUAUCCCAUAAUACUCAGUUUCGAGAACCACUGUUGUCUGAAGCAGCAAUACAAAUUGGCCAAAUACUGUGACGAAAUACUCGGGGACUUGUUGCUGAAGGAACCGCUGAAGGAUUAUCCUCUGGAACCUGGUUCUCCGCUUCCACCCCCGUGCGCUUUGAAGCGGAAGAUUCUCAUAAAAAAUAAGCGCUUAAAACCGGAAGUUGAAAAAGUCGAGCUCGAAUUAUUCCGGUCCGGGCAAUUCGAGGCUAAGGACGAAGUCGUGGAGGACGCAAGUGCUCCAGCCGUAGCUGAGCCACCGAAGGAGGAAGUUCCCGCGGAUCCCGCAGCCGCUGGUCCCCCGGGAGAGGGAGGCGCUGAAGGGGAAGCUCCUCCGAUUCAAUACAGCGGAAGUACAAUGGCCUGCCAUCCCUGGCUUUCUUCGAUGAUCAACUACGCUCAACCCAUCAAAUUUCAGAGCUUUGAAACGGCAGAGAAGAAAAACAUCCACCACAACAUGUCCUCAUUUUCCGAGACCGCCGCUCUUAAUUACCUCAAGACUUCGUCCGUGGAGUUUGUUAAUUACAACAAAAGGCAGAUGAGUCGAAUUUAUCCAAAGGGAACGAGAGCAGACUCGUCCAAUUACAUGCCGCAGGUCUUUUGGAAUGCUGGAUGCCAAAUGGUAGCUUUGAAUUUUCAAACACCCGACUUACCGAUGCAGUUGAACCAGGGAAAGUUCGAGUACAAUGGAACUACGGGAUACCUUUUGAAGCCGGACUUCAUGCGGAGACCAGACAGGAGUUUUGAUCCCUUUGCUGAGGGUGUGGACGGCGUUAUCACCGCUCAGUGCGCCGUGCAAGUGAUUGCCGGACAGUUCUUAUCCGACAAGAAGGUAGGCACUUACGUAGAGGUGGAUAUGUACGGUUUGCCAGCCGAUACUAUCAGGAAGGAAUUCAGGACCAGGAUGGUACCGGCGAACGGAUUGAACCCGGUGUACAACGAAGAGCCGUUCCUCUUUAGGAAAGUUGUUCUCCCCGACUUAGCGGUGCUGAGAAUUGGGGUAUACGAGGAAAGUGGAAAGUUACUCGGGCAGAGGAUCCUACCACUUGACGGUCUUCAAGCUGGCUACAGACAUAUUUCACUGAAGACUGAAGCCAACUUCCCAAUGGCGUUGCCCAUGCUCUUCAUCAACAUCGAGCUCAAAAUCUACGUACCUGAUGGGUUCGAGGAUUUUAUGGCAGCUCUGUCGGACCCUGGAGCUUUCAACAAGGGCGCGGAGAAGCGGGAUGAGGCGAUGAAGGGGUUGGGUAUCGAGCAGUCUGACUCAAAAGCGGAGGCGGAAAAGAAGAAGAAAGAGGAAGAGGCAAAAAAGGUGGAGUUCAAACUCGAUCCAAUUACUAUGGAGUCGUUGAAGCACGAGAAAGGAUUCUCGAAGACCGGAAAGAAGCAGCAAAAGGAAUUGGAUACGAUGCGGAAGAAACACUUGAAGGAGAGACAGACGAUGCAAAAAAAUCAUUGCAGUGCUAUUGAGAAGCUGGUUAAGGGCAAGGACAAGGCGGCUCUGACCCAAGAUGCUAACGUGAAGAAAGUUGUCAACGAGCAGACCGCUCAGUGGUCAGCGAUGGUGGAAAGACAGAGAAAGGAGGAAUGGGAACUUCUCAAGACUCACGCCCAGAAUUCACGCGAAGAAUUGAAGAAACUAAUCGAAGUUGUACAAGCAACGCAGAACAAACAGCUCCAAGUCAAACAGGACAAAGACAUCAAAGAGAUGAAUGCAAAUCAGGCGAAAGUCUCGGUAGAAACAAUGAAAGAAGUGAUGAACGACAAAGCGCUGAAGACUAAAGGAGACAAGGACAGACGACUGAGAGAAAAGAAGCAGAACAAUACGAAAAAGUUUAUGGAGGAAAGGAAAACCGUGCAGAUUAAGCAAGGGCGAGAAAAAGAAAAGCUGAAAGUUACCCAUGAAAAACAAGUCACUGAAUUGGACAAAGACAUUGAUUUGACCGUCGAGUUGUACAAGAACGAACAAAUCGAGUUCGACGUAUCAUCUAAGACGGAAUUUUACGUGUAGAUAAACUGCGGAAACGUAUUGUAUUGUAUUUAAAUUUCAGAUGUUGAUAGAAAUUGAGCUAUUGGUGGAAAAUUAUACAACACACCUUAACGUUAAUUAUUUCAAUUGAGAAUCGCAGUAGAGAUAUAUCGCAGAAUUGUACAUAAGGAAAAUAAAGAAGUUUGAACGAUCA